AUGGGAGAGUUUGAAGAACAUGCAUUGGAUAGACCAGAAGAACGGGAAACUGAAGAUGGCAGUCCAGGUGAACGGGAAAUCGACGAUUGCACUCCAGGUACAUCACACGUAGUGCCAUCGUCGAAAGGUGAUGAUAUGAUUGAGGAGCCAAAGUCGGGCAUGGAGUUCAAUUCGUUUGAAGAUUUGUUUAGGUAUUAUAAGCAGUACGCUAAGAAAUGCGGUUUUGGGGUGAUGACACAAAGGAGUGACAGGUCAGAUGAUCAAAGUGUCAGAUAUGUUACUCUUGGUUGUGCACGGGGAGGGAAGGCACGGGUUAAGACAUCCAAUGUUGCCAACCCACGUCCGACGGGAAAGACAGAUUGCAAGGCAAGGAUAAAUGCCUUGAGAGUCGAUGGAAAGAUGCAGUUGACAACAGUCAAUAAUUCACAUAAUCAUGUUAUCAGCCCACAGAAAUCUCGCUUCUAUCGAUGUAACAGAGAAGUGAGUGAGACAGUUAAAAGAGUCCUUGACACCAAUGACUUAGCGGGUAUCCGAUUGAACAAGAGUUACGGAUCUCUUGUAGUUGGUGCAGGUGGCUUUGAGAACCUGCCAUUUCUGGAAAAGGAUUGUCGCAAUUACAUCGACAAAGCCCGUCAUCUACGACUUGGUGCAGGUGGUGCUGGAGCACUUCGUGAUUAUUUCUUAAGGAUGCAGUACAAGAAUAACGGAUUUUUUGCAUUGAUGGAUUUAGACGAUGACGGGAGGUUAAAAAAUGUUUUUUGGGCAGAUCCACGUAGUCGGGCAGCCUAUAAGUAUUUUGGUGAUGUCUCGAUUCUUUUGGAGGCUGGGUUGAUUUCCAAUGAGGACACGGAGACCUUUACAUGGCUAUUCCAAACCUGGUUGCAAUGUAUGGAUGGAGUAGCUCCAAAGGCGAUAAUUACUGAUCAAGACAGAGCAAUGAAAAAUGCAAUUGCUAUUGUCUUCUCGGAAACUCGACAUAGAUUUUGCCUAUGGCAUAUACUGAAAAGGCACCUGAGAAGCUUGGGGCAUAUUGCAUAUAAAAGCGGGUUGAAAACUGAGUUGAUGAAAUGUGUAUACGACACACAAACUAUUGAGGAGUUUGAAAAAUGUUGGGCCGUGUUUAUUAAUACAUACGACUUACAUGAGAAUGUGUGGUUGAAAAGUUUAUAUUUGGAGCAUGCGCAUUGGGUACCGGUUUUUCUAAAAGAGCACUUUUGGGCGGGAAUGAGUACCACUCAGCGUAGCGAGAGUAUGAAUGCUUUCUUUGAUGGUUAUGUCCAUUCAAAAACAAAUCUGAAAGAGUUUGUCGACCAGUUUGACAAUGCACUAAAAAGGAAAAUUGAGAAUGAAAAUCAAGCAGAGUUUCUUUCCUUUAGUGGCAUCAUUCCCUGCGUAUCUAGAUCGCCAAUUGAAAAGAAAUUUCAAAUGUUGUACACGAAUGCAAAAUUUAAGGAAGUUCAACAGCAAGUAAUCGGUGUGCUUGAUUUGGAUCCAACUUUACAGACAAUGGAUGGUGUAAUGAAGAGUUAUUUGGUAGAAGAUGAAAUGAGGGGGAUACUGUGUAGGCAUAUUUUGUCUAUAUUCAAAUCAAACGGUAUAAAAUCGUUGCCAGAUCAGUACAUUUUAGACCGAUGGCGGAAGGACAUCAAGAGAAGAUACACUUUAAUCCGAUCUAGCUAUGAUGCCGGGGAUGAAAGGCCAAAUGGUAAUAGACAAUCCAUUCUUCUGAAUAUGUGUUAUGAGAUGAUAGAUUAUGCGGUGGAAUCUGAGAAGGACUUUGACGAUGCAAAGAAGAAGAUACAAGAGAUGACUGGAUUAUAUCGUCAGAACCAACGACCCUUAUCUAGCGGCCAAACAGUUUCGGAACCUGGGGUUACAAUACUAGAUGGGGCUGUAGUUGGUAGCUCACAACAAGUCAAGAGUCCACUUGUUGUCAGAGGAAAAGGAAGACCUCCGUCUCUUAGACGAGCAUCCAGGAUGGAGACAGAAAUGCGGAAGGUUAAAGCCAAACAGAAGAAAGCACAAGUGGUUCAAAAACGCAAACAGCGAGAUGAAGGAGAUACAGUACCUAUGGGCACAAAACGGAGUUUAUUUGGGCCAUCAGAAGCAGAUGCAUAUUCCAACCAUGGACAAUUUACGGUUAUGGACAGUAGUGGGACCACGCAAAGUGUUCAGUCGUGGUAUUUUGGUAGUCAAGGAAGUGUUCAUCCUAUGGUUGGUAGUCAAGGAAGUGUUCAUCCUAUGGUUGGUAGUCAAGAAAGUGUUCAUCAUAUGGUUGAGAGGGAGAGAGGGUUUCGAGGGUCUCGUGAUGAAACUGGUUCUGAGAUGGAUUUGGGGUUCCAAUCGCAGAGAGGGAUAGAGGGUUUCGAUGGAGGUUUCGAUGGAUUGCAAGAUGAAACUGGUUCUGAGAUGGAUUUGCGAUUGGAUUUGGGGUUCCAAUACCAGAGAGGGUUUCGAGGGUCUCGAGAGUGGAUUGAGAGAGGAGAAGCAGAGAGUAAAGAGAGAGACUUAGGGUUCCAAUCUAAAUGGAUACUUGACAGCUUGAGUAGCGAGCCCAUUGAAGUAGAAGGUCCCAUCGGACCAUCUGAACUGUGCCCAAUAAGAGCUAAAUUCGUAGCUCGCGUGCCAGGUCACCGAGUCAGGUUUGUGACACCUUUCCCCCGGUUGAAUCAGGUCACAGGUUUUGUUCCCCUGCGAGGACGCGUAGGAUAA